AUGUUUGUGAGGCAUUGCCGGAGUGUUUCGUGUCGACACGGGAGCCAGAGGUGCGGGACACUUGAAGAAAUAUACAAACUGUACACUGCCGCUUCAACGCAGCCCGUACCACUGCCGCUUCAACGCAGCCCGUACCACUGCCGCUUCAACGCAGCCCGUACCACUGCCGCUAACGCAGCCCGUACCACUGCCGCUUCAACGCAGCCUGCCGCUUCAACCAGCUGCCUGCCGCUUCAACGCAGCCGGCCUUCAACGCAGCCCGUACCACUGCCGCUGCCGCUUCAACAGCCCGUACCACUGCCGCUUCAACGCAGCCGCUUCAACGCAGCCCGUACCACCCGCUUCAACGCAGCCCGUACCACUGCCGCUUCGCGCAGCCCGUACCGCACCGCUUCAACGCAGCCCGUACCACUGCCGCUUCAACGCAGCCCGUACCACUGCCGCUUCAACGCAGCCCGUACCACUGCCGCUUCAACGCAGCCCGUACCACUGCCGCUUCAACGCAGCCCGUACCAACGCAGCCCGUGCCCUUCAACGCAGCCCGUACCACUGCCGCUUCAACGCGGCCCGUACCACUGCCGCUUCAACGCAGCCCGUACCACUGCCGCUUCAACGCAGCCCGUACUGCCGCUUCAACGCAGCCCGUACCACUGCCGCUUCAACGCAGCCCGUACCACUGCCGCUUCAACGCAGCCCGUACCACUGCCGCUUCAACGCAGCCCGUACCACUGCCGCUUCAACGCAGCCCGUACCACUGCCGCUUCAACGCAGCCCGUACCACUGCCGCUUCAACGCAGCCCGUACCACUGCCGAUUCAACACAAUCUGUACCACUGCCGAUUCAACACAGCCUAAACUUUAUUACUUCUACAUAACGUGA